AUGAAUUCGCAAUCCAAUGGAGGUUAUGCCACGACACACACGACGACGUCGUCGGACCGCUCCCCGCACUCGUCGCUGCCCAUGUCCCACUCGCUCUCCCAGUCGGCCGCAUCGGCAUCCAGCCAGCACCCUUUCUCCACUCCGGCCAGCACCGCCGGCUUCCUGUCCAGCGCCACCAUCGACAGCGACGGCGAUGCGACGAUGGAGGAGAGCGUCGACGAUGAUGUUGCUGCGUCACGCAACCACAGGCUGUCCAACCACAACCGGCAACCAGAGUCGCCCUACACGCCCGACGGCCGCCUCAAGGCCGCCCAGGGCAUCAGCGGGCCCCAAUUGUUCAAACUCGGCACGGAAAAAAUCCAAAAGUCGCGGCCGCACGCCUCGCAAAAUCUCAUCAGACUCUACAGGCUCGAGCCGCUCGCCAGCUCCGUAGCCCGGAAUGACCCGGUAACAGGCGAGAAGAUUAACAAGCUUCGCAAGUCCUACGAGGGCCACAUCAAGCAGAUGCAAAUUGCCGGCAAACCAAAGGCAACCAAAAUGGACGGCGUCUUCCGUGACCUUUUAAUGCUACCAGAAGAGAUAUGGCAGCCCAACCACGUCCAAAACAGAGAACCCGACAAGACUGCAUUGACACCAGACGGCACAGGACUUGCUCCUGAAUUCAGCCAGCUCCUCGACGGGGCAUUUGCAGGCAUGGGCCCUGGAUCUCUCCCCAAUGCAGACGCCGCCAAAUACAAGGCAUAUCUGGGCACCGACGACGCAAUCAAGCCCAAAGCACAGGACGCUCCGCCGCAACGGACAACACCCUACACAUCAUCCGCACCAACACCCAACAACCACAUUAAUAGGGGCCUCGUAAGACCCGAGAGAUCGGGAUCGAAGCGUGGCUAUACCGACGCUGCGUUCCAAGGCUACGGUGAAGGCUUCGGAGACGACUAUGCAGAUUCCACCGGAGGCGAAGACACACCAGGAGGGACCAUGGCAAACAAGAGGCGGAAGCUGCAAUUUGAACGAACAUCACAUUCAGUAGAAGUAGGCGGCGCACGGCGAUAG